GCCCGACAUUCGACACGGCAUCUCGGGAAUAUCAACAUGUGCUGGGUUGACGGUGGCGUGUUUAUCGGCGUCUUACUCGCAUUAGCUUGUUUGGUGACCGCAGACCCGAUACAGGAGGAAGACAGGAGCCGAGUUAGGAGGGAUGUGAAAUCCUCCCCGUCAGUGGCAGACAGGCCAGGGUGUCGACCAGGGGCGGUGGCUCCCCCUAACCGAGUAAUAACGACGAGCAGACUGGCGGCGUUGAGAGCGCUGUUUCCGGCUAAUGGCGGAAUCCACGCAUACAUCGUGCCGUCCGAAGACGCACAUCAGAGUGAAUACGUCACGGAAUACGACAAACGACGACAGUACAUAUCGGGCUUUUCCGGAUCAGCAGGAUUCGCGGUUGUUCUCUUGGACAAAGCGGCGCUAUGGACGGACGGACGGUACUUCCUUCAGGGCGAGGCUCAGCUCGACUGUAACUGGAUCUUCAUGAAAGCAGGUGCCGGAGCCCCCAAAAUGACGACGUGGCUGAUAUCAGAACUGAAAGACAUCCCUGGAGCCAAAGUUGGUGUGAACCCUUUUCUCAUGAGCAGUCGAGCCUGGACACGAAAUUCUUAUAAGUUGUCCAAUGAGGGCAUCACGCUGGUCGGGACACGUGACCUAAUAGACGUGAUUUGGACAGCUGGACGGCCAGCCCCAGCCGAUACACCCAUCAACGCGCUAGAGCUGAAGUUUAGUGGGAAACGAUGGCAGGACAAGAUGGUGGAUCUAAGACGAGAGAUGACUGAACACAAUGUGGCGGCAGUGGUGGUCACCAGUCUGGACGAAACAGCGUGGCUGUUCAACCUGCGAGCCAGUGAUAUACCGUACAACCCGUUCUUCAUCUCGUACGCCAUCGUGGAGCAUGCCAGAAUCCGACUGUACAUCGUGUCUGCCGACAGCAAACUCUCAAGAUCUCCAACAGAUCGAGAAACUACGAACAGACUGUAUGAACAUCUCAACACACGCACGAACGGAACCUGUGUCGGUGUCGGCGGGCUGUGUGUACAGGUUAUAGAGUAUGACCCUGAAACAGUGAAAACGGACAUCAAAGCCCUAACAGACGCUAGAUCUGACGUCAACGUUUGGGUGACGCCAUAUUGUAGUCAAGGGAUAGUCAGCGCAAUUCCAAAGACAAACGCCGUACAGCGCUUUUCAUCCAUCAGCGUCGCCAAAGCCAUGAAGAACAAGGUGGAAACUCAGGGCAUGUUUAACGCGCACAAUCGGGAUUCCGCGGUACUGAUAAAGUUCAUGGCUUUUCUCGAGCGAGAGGUGAAAGAAGAAAAACACUGGACGGAGAUGUCUGCGGCUGAUAAACUCAAAGAAUACAGAGAGGCAGAGCAGUAUAAUCGAGGUCUUAGUUUCGAGUCGAUCUCAGCGUCCGGUUCGAACGGCGCCAUCAUCCACUACUCGCCCGAGGCGACCACGAACAAAGCGAUCAGCACGCGAGACAUGUACCUGCUAGACUCGGGCGGACAGUAUCUUGAUGGAACAACAGACGUCACAAGAACCUUUCACUUUGGAAAUCCCACAGACUACGAAAAGGAAUGCUACACUCGAGUUCUGAUGGGCAGUAUUGAUCUCGCUCAACUCGUUUGGCCCAAAGGACUGACCAGGAAGGACAUCGACGUCCUGGCACGACGUCCUCUAUGGGAUGUUGGCCUCAUCUACCGCCACGGCACGUCACAUGGUGUCGGAGCAUACCUCAGCGUCCACGAGGCAAUUGCACCUUCAAGUGGAGUACUCGCAGAAAACAUGUUCUUAUCUGACGAGCCUGGGUUCUAUGAAGAUGGUAAAUUUGGUAUACGACUGGAGACAAUUGUAAUGGUAGAAAAUAAAACCACUAAGUAUUCGUUUCCAUCUACUCGUUUCCUGGGUUACAAGCCAGUACAGCUGGUUCCGUUUGAGAGAAACCUGAUCAAUCCCAGCAUGCUGAGCAAAGACCAGACUGACUGGCUGAACAGGUACCACGCCGAGGUGGAGAGGACGGUGGGUCCCCUGGUGGCGGGUAGCGCGGGCUACGAGUGGUUGAAACACAGAACUAAACCGUUCUAAUACACGGCACGUGUACAUUCUCCUUCAUGCUUGGGUACGGGUCUGACCGUCAUAAUCAAAAUCGAUGGACCCAGAAACAUCUAUCCUGUGUUAAAAUUAAUAUUUAUAAUUCAAAUAUAUUAAACUGUGACUACUCUUCAAAAAAGUAGAGGAACCUGAAAUAUUAAUGUUAAUAUAAACUAUUAGACCGACAUCCUAGUAAAGAACGUUCAGGUCUGUUUAUUAACACACCGAACACACAUUCCAUACUUUGCAUAUGCACCACGCAGUUGCCCCGUUCACGUGCGUUGGGUGUCAUUCUCGAUUUUAACAAUUUCCAGGAAGGUCCAUUAAUCACUGUGGAACAUUAUUUCUUUCAAUCUUUUUCAUUCUGUUGA